AGUAAUCGGAGACGUGAUUGCGUUAGCUUCCGGUUAGCAUAGUUAGCUCGUGGUGUGUCCCAGAGAGUGUCCAGGUGUGUUCCGGUUCUGUUCAGCAACAAUGUGUUCCGUUGAGCCUCUGAGAGAGUUUAUCAGAGAGAGACUAACUGCUGCUGCUGAAGAAAUCUUCACCCAGCUGGAGAAAACCAUCGUCCGGUACGAGGAGGAGAUCGACCGGCAGCGGAGACUGCUGGACCUCACCUGGAGACCCCGAACCCAGCAGAACCCCGCAGGUUUUCCACCUGGUCGCCUCUUUGAGGAGGACGUCCGAAAUGACCAGCGGCUCCUUCACCAGGGGGAAGUCGGACAUCCCCAGCAAGAGCUACAACUCCCCGAGAUCAAAAGGAAGAAGAAGAAGAAACCACUGAAGAAGCCUCCAGAGGUCAAAGAGGAACAUGAAGAACUGUGUGUCAGUCAGGAAGCUGAGCAGCUCGUCCUGAAGCAGGAGACGGAAACACUGAUGGUGACAGUGGAGUAUGAUGAACCCCAACCCAGCAGCGACCCACUCCUCCCUCAGAGAUCUCCCAAAGCCGAGACUCUGGAGUCAGGGACGAGCAUGACUGAGGAGCUGGAAGCAAACUGUCUGUCUGAAGCAAACACAAGUAGAACACCUGUCAAAUGUGACUUCUGUGAGAAAGAGUUCAGGUUUCAGUACGCCAUGAGGAGACAUCGCAAAAUCCACACCGGAGAGAAGCCGUUCUCCUGCAAGACCUGUGGGAAGAGUUUCAUCAGAAAGUUUGCUCUGCUGACCCACAUGAGGGUUCACACUGGGGAAAAGCCAUACUCCUGCUCCGUCUGCGGGAAAUGUUUCCGCUGCAGCAGCGACUUGUCAAAGCACAACAGCAUCCACUCCAGUGAGAAACCAUACUCCUGUGAGACCUGCCGGAAGAGCUUCACCACCAAGCGCAGUCUGAUCCUCCACAGCAGGUGUCACUCAGAGGAGAAACCUUACUUCUGUCCCAUUUGUCACAAAGGCUUCAGGAGGAGCGACAACCUUUCAGUUCACAUGAGAACCCACAUGGAGGAGAAACUGUUCACAUGUGAGUUCUGUGGUAAAAGUUUCAACCAGAACGUCCAUCUGGUGAUCCACAGGAGGACCCAUACGGGGGAGAGCCCGUUCCCAUGCAGCAUGUGUGAGAAACGUUUUAAGAACCGCUCUGCGCUGAACAGUCAUCUCCGGCUGCACACUCCAGACCCGCUGUAGAGAACCAGAACAGAACCAGGAGCUCUGCUGACACACCCAGUUUUCAGAUUGUUUUAUUUCUUCUGGUUCCUUUCAGGCGUUUCCAUGGUGAUCAAAAGUUAACUUUUGCAUGAACGGAGCUGUAGGUUAGUCUAGAAUCUUGAAAAAUUACAAUAAGGUCACAUCUGCUAGUUGUGUUGUUAUGUUUAUUCCAAGUUCCUGUAAAGUCCCACCAAAAUAAAACUAUUUGGGUUCAUGUAGAAGGUUGGGAGUUGUUUCCCACAGCUGCAUCAGAACCAGACUGUUUUGGAUCCUUAUCCUUGGUAUAAAACUCAUGUUGUCUCUGCCUGGAGAGCUUUGCAUCCAGACCUGCUUCAUUAUUGAUUAUUGAUUAUUGAAGCUCUCUGAGUUGUGCACAAUUCAUAAAUAAACCUGAUUGAGUGAUUUUACCUGAACAGUGCUUGUAAUCAUUUUUUUCCACAAGGUCCAGUUUUAAAGUCUUGGUUCUGGUUCCAUCCGGACCUUCUGGACCAAUCAGGAGCUUCAGAUGACGCAUCCUGAGUGACAUCAGAGUGAAACUCCACCCACUGUCCCCGCAGCAGAUGCUAAGUCUGCUAGCGCUUAGCUGAUGUUCCACAGUCGUCUGCGCUGCCAGAGUUACUGGGCCAGAACCCGGUGGUUCUGGUUCUGCUGGAAGGACUGAAGGAGUCGGGUGGGGGUUCAUGUUCUAGUCUCGGUUCUGAUCAGAUGAUCAGAGCCAACAUUUAGAACCUUUUGAACUCGUCUGGUACUGAGCUGCUCCAGAUGUUCUGAGGAGGUUCUGUUGUCCUGCUGCUUCGUAAAAACCCAGAAGAACCAAUCAGAGGCUCAGGAGAGUGAGAGGAGGCGGAGCUUCGUUCUCCCUGACGUUUUGUUUUCCGAUCAGAACCGGGUGUCUGGGUCCGGCUGUCCUCAGAACUGCAGAACUUCUCCAUGAGGUCCAGAAACGUCUGGUGACCUUCUGACCUUUGGAUCCCAUCCAGGUUUAUUCUGACUUGGUCCGUUUUGCAUCUGAACGCAUGAAUUAUAUCUUUAUUUAUUUUUUCAAUUUAAACGUUAAAUAAUCAA